AGCUCUCUCUCUCUCUCUCUCUCUUCCUUGUCGCCUUCCUUUUAUACUCUCUCUCUCUCUCUCUCUCUCUCUCUCCUUCUGAUUCUUCGGUGCCAAAUGUGGAAAAGAUCCCAAAAUUCGACUGUGAAGGUAAGUUCGGCAGAUCUUUUUGUAUUCGUUUUGUAUGAUUUCCCAGCUGCUGUUUGCUUGUUGCAGAGCUACGAGAGAGAAUUGAUUUGGGAAAUGAGCAAAGCGCAGUCGCCUGAGCCUCUGGAUUUCUUCAUCUGGACUGUUGAGGAUGUUGGUAGGUGGUUGGAAGAGAUAAACUUGGGAAGCUACCGCCAGAUUUUUAAAGAAAAUGGGGUCAAUGGCGAGUAUCUGGAAAGCAUGUCCACGUUCACCACCGAGCAGAUACUUCGGUUUAUCAGAAAGUGCCACAUGAAAUGGGGGGACUUCAUUACGCUCUGUAAAGAACUCCGGCGGAUUAAGGUGGCAUGCUUGAAAGGCGAUCAGAAGGUCCGGAGGCCAUGGUGGGCUCCGUCGUGCCUCUCAAUAGUCUCUGGGAAGGCAGCGGAGCGCAGCAGACAAUCCAGGGUCGUCUCUCUAAAGCUAGAACCGUGAUGUGCGAUGUGGUUUGCCGACAUGAAGGCUUCCUCGUGGAAUGGAAGUGAAAGCAGGAGCGGUGCUUCCUUUGGUCCCUUCCUGGAGAACCAUCACUCGCCUUCACGGAUUACGUGCUGUGCGCUUUUCUGUUAACUUCUUGUACAUGUGUUGAAUGCAUUUGCCGUAAUAUUUGAAGAACAGUAUCAUGUCGUCGCGAACAAAAAGUACGCAGACACUGUGGUUUGUUGCGUGAAAUCUUUACGUACCGAAGGCCAGAGUUGUUCCUU